AUGGAAGAAAGUCUCGAGAUUUUGGCUAGCACAAAAGAGUGCCCUGGAGACGAACUGUUAGUGUGGCUUGUCAGGAUUCAGUUGGUCGUCGACAAAUCUUAUCAUCUUCGCCGGGACGGUGACAACUCUCAUUCUUCACCGCUGGUUACGGACUUGUUGCAAUCUCAACUGGAGUCGGUAAAGCGCCAGAUACCUUCGCAUCUGAAGGAAAAUAAUGUCAUCUGUAUGUACCUCUCGAACGCAGAACUUGCGAUUCAUGAGGCCUUGAUCAAGGCGCCCAUCCCAACCAACGGCCCUGAUCCCCAGGGCGUAACAAGCCUUCAUACGUCUCUGCUCGCUGCGAAGUCUUGGUUAGAUGUCUGGUUGUGUGUUCCUCCCGAACAUUACUUGGGGGUAUCCUUUACCAUACUCUCCAUGUUCUGCCGAGCCCUGGUGGACCUGUUCAUGCUUUCCACCCUGGAUGACCCGACGUGGGAUCGGAAAGCUGUCCAAGACCGCGUGAACCUACUCUAUUACCUAGACCUCCUGCAAACGAAUUUCAAAAGGUCGGUCGACCACCGCGCCCAAGAGGCGGACGCAGAUAUAUUUGCGAAGGGGGUCAACAUGAUCUCAACGAUCAAAGAAAGAUGGGGGCCAUCAUUGAUCGAGGCCCAGCAGUAUCUCCCUGCCACCGAGGUGGCUAACCCGACCUGGCAGGAUACACUGGAUAACCCCGGGGAUUUAAAGCUGGAUGGCAUGGACGAUGCAUGGAUGAUGGAGUUAUUCGGAUUCAUAUAA